AUGAGAAUUUACCUUUCUGAAGUUUUCGCAGCAGGCUUGUUUUGGUUAUUUCUAUCGAGCGCCAUCGGUGAAUACAACACGGAUGAGAACGUAAAAGAAGUGAAAAUUGGCGUUUUGGUACCAAUGACCGGUUACUGGCCAAUCGGCAAAACAUCUGCGUCCGCUAUUACCAUUGCAGUGGACAAAAUCAACAGAGAUCCCACUCUUCUCCUAGGGUACAACAUGACGUUUCUAUGGAAUGAUUCCAUGUGCUUAGCCGCCGAAGGACUGAACCAAGCGGUGGAGUUUCGAAUUUCUGGAGUGGACGCCAUCAUAGGAGACGGAUGCGACAUUAUUUGUGAACCGGCUGCCAUUUUAGCGGCGUCGUGGAAUCUGCCUAUGAUAUCCUGGGGCUGUGAAUCGAGUAAGCUAUCAGAGAAAAGCAUUUACUCGACGUUCGCCAGAACGGUAGGAUCUUUCUCCAAAAUGGGCGGCCUGUUCAUGUCCGUACUUGGAUACUUCAAAUGGAAAAGUAUUGGAAUUAUAGCGUCUACAGAGAGCAUAUGGCAACUGGCCAUGACUGGCCUGAUGAAGGUGUUUUUACAGCACGAUAUUGACAUUCGCUAUAUACACACUCUCAAUCCUGGGCAUGUACUCGUCACGGAGCGAGAGGAGUACAAGAGCGUGUUGAUGCUUGCUAAAGAAACAGCCAGAAGUAAGUGA